AUGUAAUCGUGAUCCGAUCGCUGAACGAACCGUUGGAACGGACAUAAACCGCCGUUUUGUCGACUAUUCCCGUGCCCAACCACACCGAACCAGAAAAAAAACAUCAACAAUUUCCCCUCUUCUGCAAUGCCUCCUGCUAACCACAUCCAAACCUCGAGGAUUCUCUCCACAAUCCCUUGCAUACUUGGCUGCGUUACUUACAUGUGCAUUACACACACACGAAUUACACAUAUGAUGAGCCAAUUCCCUGCAUGCCAUGGGACGAACACCGCAGCUCCAGCCAAUCAGAAGCCCCGGGAUCCCCGCGUCUCGUUGACGUUCUUCUCUCCGCUCGUCCACGAACCAAUGUCGAAACAGGUUCCUAGACCAGGUUAUCGAAUCCUUGUCCUAAUAACCUAUCUAUGGUUUUACUCCUCAUUUCUACCUGCAUCUAGAGUUUAAUACUCAAUCUAUCAUCAUCUUGCUAAGGAAUCCCUUCUCUCUUUUCCCAAUAGGUAGAACCGCAACAUCACAUCACGCAAGACAAGAUUCUUACCUCCAAUAAAGUUAAUCAACUUACAUACGUACCUCCCAACAUGAGAUGAAGGAAGAUCGCAAUUCCGUGCAUACCGCUAUAUGCAGGCAGACACACACAGACCUUUGAUACCUCAUCAUUCAUAUUUGAUAUAUAUAGUUUUUGACGACUUGACAAGGGUACCAGAGUUUUCAUUUCCCCAAAUAUCUAGGCGGACAAUGAUCAAUGCUGUGCAGGUAUAUGUAAGUGUGUAUGCAUGCAUGCAUGCAUGCAUGUAUGAUUGCAUUUGAACUUUGUAAACAGGGUAACCGGAAAAGUUUAUUGAUAUUUCGUGACUGGAGUGAUAACCGAGAUGAUGCUGUGCAUGUAUAUAUGUAUGUAUGCUACAUGUACAUGAUAUGAUUAGAAAGAUUUUUCUGUUUCAAAAGAGAUGUAUUUGUGUCUGUGUGUCUGUGUCUGUGUGUGCCCUGCAUGUACCCUCUCUCUCUCUCUGGGCGUUUGCUGUAACUCAAUCCCGAUAUCCCUCCUUCCGUCCCCCUUGUCAUAACUCUAUUUCUCGUUGAGAUGAAGAGUCUGUGCAACGACUCGAAUGAAUGAGAAUGUAAGUUGUAUUGAGUGGAGAUUUUCGGGUGAGUCAUGGACUGGGUUGUUGGGGGUAGGUAGGGGGUAGGGUAAGGGGUAGAUGUGUGUGCGUCGACCAUGUAGAGGAAGAUUGUGCUGCUGCUGUUAUGCAAGAAAGAGAGACAAAGAAAGAUUUUUAAUCAGAUAGUUGCAUGGCCUGACAUUUCGUGCAUACGAGACUCCUGCUUUUUCUCUGAUUUGCAUCAAGAGAAAGUGAGGGAGCGGGGAAUUGGGCUUGCUUGUGUGAUGAAUUGGCUCCGCACUGUGAUUUGUGGCGAUUCAUCAUGAUUGUUUUGUGAGGUUGGAUUCAUGGAUUUGACUCUCUCUCUCUCUCUCUCUCUCUUCCUCUCUAUGUGUGGAUAUAGUGAAACGACAUAUCAAGACUCGACAAUACUCACCCUCUUUCUCUUCUACACUCAAUCAUCCAUAUCGCACCCUAUUCAAUCCACACAAAACUCCCCCUCCAUUAUCUUCAAAAUUCUUUUCCUUCCUUCCUUCCUCCAAAUUCUGACAGGAGCAAAUAGACGAGCAACAAACCUGCACGUAACCGCCACUCCCCGCAUACAUCCCCUGCCCUACCCUGCCCUACAUAUCCCCAAACCCAUCGCGCCCGUACAACAUAGCACAACAUACCCCCAUCCCUCCAUCUCUGCCGUUAAUCACUCCCUUCCCCCACCUAUCUAUAUAUACCCACCCUCCCUACAUUUCCCCUCUGUGCCCCGCCUUGGCAAAUCUGCACGCCACGCGUUAUCCGUCCGUUUGUACAACAAGGGCAUCAAAACAGGAAGACAAGGGUCUUGA